UUAGAAUUUAUUUUCUAGAAUUCUAGAAUUUAGAAUUGCAAAUGUAAACAAAGUUGCAAUUGAGGUGUAUAUUGCAUCAGGGAUAUAUUGCACAGAUAAAUGUAUUCACAUUCAGUAGCCUACUGUAUUCAAAUCCCCCCUUUCUUCUUUGGCUUUUUUAAACCUGAUUUAUUGCCAUUGCUCCAUAAAGCUCGGUGCAGCCUGGGGGGUGGCUGAGCCCCCUGAACUGUACCUAUAAAGGAGCAUAACCUAAUAGACAAGCCGGUGCAUGUAAACCUGUAAAACUAUUUGGAAUAGUUGACAGCUACUCCUCAUUCUGGAGGAGAAGCUGCAGCGGAAUGAAGGGGAGUUUCCUCACAGGAGAGAAGCACGUUUCAUAUAUAUUUCAUCCAGAGUCAAAUAGGAGUCUCUGCAGGCGCAUCCAUCCGGUCUGAGGACUGUUUUAUCUCCUUUGGAGAGUUUACAGAGAAGAAGAAGAAGAAGAAGAAGAAGAAGAAGGAGAAGAAGAAGAAGAAGAAGAAGAAGAAACAGGAAGAGGAGAAGCUGGACUGAGGAGAAGGUUUUACGCAGAGUUUUGAACUGAACAGACGCGCCUUUUACGCACAGACCCAGGUGGAUGCUGGGAAGCGGAGCAGCUCGUAGGAGAUGUUACCUCUGGCCCAGUUUGGGGUGCUGUCGGCUCUGGCCACCGCGCUCACCUCGGUGCUGUCUGCCCUCCUGCUGCUGGCGUUGACCCGGCAGCUGUGGAGCCUCCGCUGGAGUCUGACCCGGGACAAAGAGAGCAGCCUGCCGCUGCCGAAGGGCUCCAUGGGCUGGCCGCUGGUCGGAGAGACUUUCCACUGGCUGUUCCAGGGUUCCAACUUCCACAUCUCACGCAGAGAGCGUCAUGGCAACGUGUUUAAGACUCACCUCCUUGGGAAGCCCGUCAUCCGGGUGACGGGCGCAGAAAACAUCCGCAAGAUCCUGCUGGGCGAGCACAGUCUGGUGUGCACCCAGUGGCCCCAGAGCACCCGCAUCAUCCUGGGACCCAACACCCUGGUCAACUCCAUCGGAGACCUGCACAAGAGGAAGAGAAAGAUCCUGGCUAAAGUGUUUAGCCGGGGGGCUCUGGAGUCCUACCUGCCCCGGCUGCAGGACGUCGUCAAGUCUGAAAUUGCCAAGUGGUGCUCGGAGCCGGGUGCCAUCGACGUUUACAGCGCUGCCAGGUCCCUGACGUUCCGUAUCGCAGUCAGGGUGCUGCUGGGUCUGCAGAUGGAGGAGGAGCGGAUCGUCUACUUGGCCAAGAUCUUCGAGCAGCUGAUGAACAACCUCUUCUCGCUCCCCAUAGACGCUCCUCUCAGUGGGCUACGUAAGGGGAUAAAAGCCAGAGAAAUCUUGCACGCCAACAUGGAGAAAAUCAUUGAGGAAAAGCUGGAGCGGCAGCAGUCAGAGGAUGAGUACCACGAUGCCUUCGACUACAUUCUGUCCAGUUCCAAGGAGCAAGGCCAGCAGCUCAGCAUCCAGGAGCUCAAGGAAACCGCAGUAGAGUUGAUCUUCGCCGCUCACUCCACUACAGCCAGCGCCUCCACAUCUCUAAUUCUGCAGCUUCUUCGCCAUCCGGCGGUGGUGGAGAGGGCCAGAGUGGAGCUGGAGGCCGAGGGCCUCGGCUACGAGUCCCACAGCAGUCACAGCCCGUCUGGUGUCACCACGGAGAAAGAGGAGGACGCGUCGGACACAGAGACGAGCUGCCUGCUGAACGGAGGCUGUCAGAAUCACCAGAAUCACAGAGAUGGUUUUCCACAGUCACGGUCUCACAUGCCGUAUCUGAGCCUGGACAAGCUGAGCCAUCUCCGCUACGUCGACUGUGUUGUCAAAGAGGUGCUCCGCUUCCUGCCGCCAGUCUCCGGCGGUUACCGGACAGCCCUGCAGACAUUUGAGUUAGACGGCUACCAGAUCCCCAAAGGCUGGAGUGUAAUGUACAGCAUCCGGGACACCCACGAGACCGCAGCAGUCUUCCAGAGCCCGGAGCAGUUUGACCCAGACCGGUUCGGCCCAGACCGGGAGGAGAGUCGGUCGGCUCGGUUCAGCUACGUGCCGUUCGGCGGCGGCGUGCGGAGCUGCGUAGGGAAAGAACUGGCACAGAUCAUCCUAAAGACUCUUGCGGUGGAGCUGAUUGGGACUUGCAAAUGUAAACUGGCCACGGAGAACUUCCCCAAGAUGCAGACCGUGCCAAUAGUGCACCCGGUAAACGGGCUGCACGUGCAUUUCACUUACAACUACCCGCUGUAGAUACAAAUACAGUCUGACAGACUCUCCAAAAGAGGGGAUUUAACCUUCAAUCUGCUUCUGGAAAAACUCUGCAAGCUCAAGAAAGGAGGCACAAGCACCUCGCUGGGCGUGAUGGUGCAGUUCAGGCCCCCUUUCUUUUCCACGGUCAUGAAGCGGGGGUUUACAUCACUAGUUUGGAGCACGCCGUCAUCUCUUCAGUGGUCUGGUCCAGACCUAAGAAACCACUUUCUGUUAUAGCACAAGUACAUUUUUAAGUACCUGAUAUGUUCACCUGCAGCGUUUUUCUCUGUUUCCCAGGUUUUACUAUCCUUUACAUGCAUUUUUAAGUUAUUAAUGUAUCGACUGUUUUGCCUUUUUCUUGCUAAUUACAUCUGGGUUUGCCCUGCUGAAUGGACUGCAUGUACACUUCAGUUACAACAGCAAAGGUUUCUAUUCGGAGCUAAAACAUUUUACAUACCUGAAAUCUAAGACCAGGACAACACAUCUACUGUCGAUAACAGGAGAAGAAGUCUUUCUAUGAAGCCAUCUUAGCUCCAGUUUGUUGGCUCUGACUAAGCUCCAACUCCAGGGACAAAUAUUUUGUUGUCAUACAAGCUUACACAAAGUGGUUUACAGACGAUAAAACCCUUUAUGUUUUGUACCUCUUCGUAGCUGUUACAUCAAUGUGCAUCAGUAAGGACAUAUCCAAGGGCUAUGUAUGUUCGCUGUGCUGAAUGAGCAUGUCAUUUCACUUCAGUUACAUUCACAAAACUUAUUAGAUUCACAGACAGCCUUUUUGAAACCUCAAAAAAUGCAGCUGAUAAUUUUUGUUCCAGUCCAGAGACGGAGAAGCGGGGACCUCACCUCAAAGAAUCGACAUGAUUUACAGACUUUUAAACCGUUUCUGUGUUCUUUUGUUCUUCAAUCCUUCAGUUGUUUCUAUUUACAUCUUAUAAGCCGGGCUUGCCUUUUUGAACUGCCUGUGAGCAAGGCACUGGAUGCCAGCCAGCUCCAUGGAUUCAAUCAUUCAAUCUAAAUGGGACAGUUCUCAUUAGAACCUGAUUAAAGUCAGAAAUACAGUGAAAAGAUCUGCGGUGGAAAAAAAUAUUUGAACACUUUUGGAAAAUAUUUCCAGACCCACGUUGGACUCAGGAGAGACUGAACUCAUGUCCGGUUAUCUUAGUCGUGAUGUUUUGCAGCGACCUCCACCGCUAAAAACACUUUCACUGAUGGAACUUGCACUUGAUUUUGACACAUAAAUCCCGCAACCAGGAACUACCCAAACAUCAAGGUCAAAACACAUUCAAGCUGUUCUGUUUUUUGAACAUGAAUGUAAUAUACUGCAUAUCCUUAACAGUGCUAUUAUGUGUGUAUCAAAUGAAGUAGCAUUAUGAAUAAGCUGUAUUUAAAAUGCAGAUGUAUCGUUUCUCUAUAUGUAACAAUAUUUGCUGUAAUUAUGAAUAGAUAGAGACACUAACCUAUAAUGUAAAGGACUGUCCAUAAAACGUUGUUUCACUGCUAGGACAUAGACAUCUUUCAUUGUUUAGAGCAGCAUAUAUAGAGUGUAAAGUUAUUAUUAUUAUUAUUAUUAUUAUUAUUGGUCUAAUUUUAGGACUGUUUCUGUCUUGGUCUUGAAGCCUAAUAGACGCGCUGUGAAAUCUUACGUACGGAUGGAUUCGUGGAAGGAGAUAGCACUUUCUCCGCUUUAAGGAGUCUGUAUAUAUUUGUCCUGUGUAUGCAUUCAUUGAGUGUAUCAGAUGUAGCUGCUGUACAGUUGAUGUAAAGAGUAAAUUAGAAGAUGAAACACAAAAA